GGGGAUCAGCGGCGGCUCUGUGAGGUCGGGGGGGGGAGCAGCGAAACCGCUGUGCCUGGGCCCGACUGCCGGGUUGCGAGCGCCUCUUCCUGGCCCCCCCUCGGGUGAAAGCGGCAGGCGUUCCCUGCCCCCAGUUCCCUUCCCCAUUUGGGCUUCGGUUUGUGGCGUCCCUGAGAGAGGGAAAUGUCGGCAUCUGCUUCCUCUUCCCCAGGUGAGGCCGAGAGCAUCCAUCGCCUGUUGUGUGGGGCCAGGGCGUGUGAUAUGUUGAGGACACGAGACCCCUUCCAGACCCUCUGCCCACCUGCUGCUUCCUGCUAGCACCCAUCAUGUCGGGCUUCAUCAUCAACGUGGACUUCAGCCUCCAUGAGGCCUCCAAGAAGCAGUCAGAUGGCAACCAGAAGCACCAGCGCUUUGUGAGGCGGCGCCGGUUCCUGGAGCGGAAAGGCUUCCUCAAGAAGAAGCAGUUGCCCGCACCACAGCAGCAGCCGCAGCCCGCACCCAAAGGGCACGUCUCCCACCAGGGGCAACCCAGGAAGAAGCGGCCAGCGGAGGCAGGGACAGACCACGACUCCUUCCAUGCCAGUGGCUUUUCCCACGCACCCAGGACGCUCCCCAAAGGGAAGGAUGGGUGUCGUGUUGUCCAGGUUGGCAGGGCCAUGGACUCCAGCUCCCAGCUGACCUGCUUCCCUUCCAAAGUGAGGAAGGUGGCAGGAUCAAUAAAGUCCCUGGCUGGUGUGCACAGAGAAGCUCUGCUGAGCGAGUAUGACAGUGGUCUGCCCGCUGCCCCCGUCUCGAGCAAACCCAGUAAGCUGGUGGCCAUUGACUGUGAGAUGGUGGGUACGGGGCCUGGCGGGCGGACCAGUGACCUGGCCCGGUGCAGCAUUGUCAACUACCAUGGUGACGUGGUGUACGACAAGUACAUCAGACCCAUUGAGCCCAUCGCUGACUACCGCACCCGGUGGAGUGGCAUCCGGAAGCACCAUAUGAAGAAUGCCACCCCCUUCAAAACGGCCCAGAAGGAGAUCCUGAAGCUGCUGACAGGGAAGGUGGUGGUGGGCCAUGCCAUCCACAAUGACUUCAAAGCCCUCAAGUACUUCCACCCCAAGGUGGCAACACGGGACACAGCUCAGAUCCCGCUCCUGAACCGCCGUGCUGGCUUCCCCGAGCACGAGACUGCCUCGCUGAAGCGCCUCACCAAGCAGCUGCUGCACCGCGACAUCCAGGUCGGCAGGGACGGGCAUUCUUCAGUGGAAGAUGCCAGGGCCACCAUGGAGCUGUACAAGGUGAUUGAGGCCGAGUGGGAGAAGCACCUGGCCCUGAGCAGGCAGCAGGAGUGACUUAUAUGGAGCCAGCCUCAGAGAGGGACUGGCAGGGUUAGAAAUAAAGAGCUGCUCCCACCCUGCAGAGGGGGAAUGAUGGCAGAGCAGCAGCCAUCAGAUGCUAGGGGCCCUGGCCAGGGUCUCUGGUGCAGCAGGUGUCUGGGAGGGAACACUCACUUGCCGGUUGCCACGCAGUGUGCCUCUCCAGGGGCCCUUGUCUUGGCCCCGUGCUGGGGAUGGGGUGGGGUAGGGGAACCCUCUACCUCUGAGCCAGGGCAUCCAGGCUUGACCUCAGUGUGUCCCAUGACCUGCCUCUCCUGUGCUUCCUCCACCCCCAUCUCCAAAUCAUUCAGACUGGGGGCGAAGGCGUCUCCAGGGGGGCUGCGGCUCUCCCACUGCCAGGGACAUCUUCAGGGCUUGUUGGGCAUCUGCAGAGCUCUGCUCAAGUGCCUGGCUUCCCCUGGUUCCCAGACCAGGGGCCUGGAUGCCUUUUGCCUGCUAGAGCCCCCUCCUCACAGAGGUGAAAGGGAACAGCCCACCUGUGGUGCCCCUAUCAGCGUGGGUGGCCAGCUGAAACCUCCCAUGUGACAGGCUAUACCCAUGCUACUGAGGUUAGAAUCAGGCUGAGCCUGGGAACCCAUUUCUGAACCCCAGAGCCAGCUGAUACCAGCUUUUGCCCCCUGCCCCACUUUGCUUCUGCAAGGGGUUCACGGCACAUCUCAGUCUGAUCUGAUGGGCUGGGGCUCUGGACUGGUUCCAGCCCUGCCAGCUCAGUUGGCUGGGUCCAUGGAACUGGGCAGGGGACAUUGCCACAAAUGGGGCAUGCCCUGUGUGGGGCCAGGACAGAGUAGGGCCUGGUGUCUGGAGCAGCAGGUUCAGCCCCAGGAGAGCGGCUCUGCUCCUCCCCUGCUACCCUGCUGAGUCUGGGCCUGAUGUCUUACAUGCGUGGGUAUCAUCUCCAUUGACUCCAGUGGAGUUACUCCUGAUUUACACUGGGGACUGCCAGCACAGAACCUGGUCCCACGUGUGGCCUUGAGGCAGGACAUUUCAUCGCUCUGUACCUCAGUUUCCCCACUGGGGAAUGUGACACUGACUGGCCUCCCAGUCAUGGUAAGAUAUAAUUGACAUGGUGCUCAGAGAUAAUCCUGGAUUGGACUCAGUGCCAUCCUGCCUUCAAGGGCCAGGUCCCCUUGCACUGUUAGUCCCCCCGUGCAAGUGCUAUAAGCGGAGAGAAGCCCAGGGUGACACUGGCUGUGCCAUGGAGCUCAGAGAGAAUCGGGGGUGGGGGAGCAGCUCAGCUUUCCCCAUCCACAUGCAGCUCUGAGCACAGGCUUCUUCUGGAAAGGGGGGCAUCUCCCUCUCAUUUGACACCAGCAGCCACCAACUGUUUGCUUCUUUGUAGCACCGAGGUGCCUGACAAGGACCUGCUUCAUGUUGAAAGCCAUUAAAGGACUUGCCUGAGGGAA